GCGCGGUGAGCACGGCCAACAAGCAGAUGGAAGAUGACCCAGAUGGGAUCAUUCCGACCAUGCCGGCAUCCCCUGAGACGGCGCAGGCACACCGACGAUGGCGAGAACCGCCACAGGACCCACAGCAGCUGGGGGAUUUCAGGAAGGCAUUGGCCGCGACAAUGGAGUCCAUAGAGCGCCAGCUGCACUGCGCGGCCGCGCUCAACCUCGACCAAGAACAGGUGGGCCGCAUGCAGGAAGAGUACAGCGUACUAUUGUAUCAGAUGAUGCAGUCCAGGUCGCCCCAGGCCAGAAUCACGAAGCAGCGCAUGUUUGUCGGCCGCUGCAAGAAGCGCCUCAUGGACGCCCAGGCGAAGAUGCACUUGCUACAAGAGCAACUAGAGAGCACCAUGGUCGACAGCCAGUUCCUCACCGUUCACGACGCCGCCCAGGACAGCGACAGUGCAGCGCACGACAGCUACUCCUACCGCGGCCUCGGGAACGUACCGCCUGGAGGGCACGCUGCAGUGGCCAUGGCAAAUGAAGUCAGCAUGCCAGCACUUUUGGCAGCAAUACAGCAGUCCAAUGCACAAAUGUUGCACAACAUGUCAUCGUUCCAGCAGACCGUGGCCACUCUCCAGACUGAGAUUGCCAACAUCAGGACUGAGAAGAAGUCGGACAUGGAGACCAUCACCGCUGCCGCCAUCGACGCGGCCAAGACGGCAGUCGCCAUGCAGACCCCCAAGAAGGACAAGGACAAACCGGUGCCAGCGGAGAUCCAGAAGGCCAACCGAGCCAAGCUGGAGGCGGCCCUGAUGGGGCGCAGAGCUACACGUUCGGUAUCUCCUAGACGGCACACGGACAGUGGACAGGCGGGGGCCAAAGUCCUACGAGCUGAUCGAGAAGGCGGAGGAACCAUGGGCGCAGGUGCAGGAGAAGUUGCAAGCCGUGAGGCUGCAGAGGAAGCGGCAGCCAGAGCUGCCGCAGAGGAUAGUGAUCAUGCGGCCCUGCAGUCGCCUGCGAGUGUUGCCCAGGCUCUUGUUUUUCCGCCAGUCAGCGCAACACCAGCGAGCCCACUUUUUCGCUAGGGGCCGUGUCAGAAGCGUCUCGGCCCCCUCUGAAUUCAAAUACUCCCAUCCAAGA